AUGGCAGAACCCCUGCCACAGCUGGCCCCCACCAGGCUACUCUAUUCCUCUUGCUCCAUGGAGAGGACUCUGCAGUGCAGCUGUUCCUUCCGUGGGAUCCCCACACCCUCCGUGCAGUGGUGGAUGGAAGGUUCUCUUGUGGAUGAGAACAACACAGAUGGCGACCUCCAGGUGACUUCCAUCAUAAUUGCCCCCUGGGCCAACAGCACCAUCAGCUUGGCGGAGAAGCCAAAAAAGAGCACGAAGCUUCUCUGUAAGGGGAAGAACCAAAAUGGAAUCCAUGCUUUGAGCAUCCUACUGAUACCAAGAAAGAGUCCUUCAUCCAGCAAGACCUUCAUUAAUGGGCUGAUCCAGGGCAUUGUCUAUGGAGCCAUUGCAACUGCAUUGAUGUUCCUCUGCUUCUCCCCACUCAUAAUGAAAUAUAUCAGAAUGAAGCUGACAAAGGAAGUUGCAGCAAUCAAAGCAGAAAACAACCCUACAGUCAGACCAAGCCAAGAAGCCAAGAUGCCUCUGAAGCCUAAAGAGCCAGGAAAAUCCACAAUCAGCCCAUCUUCAGAGAACCAAAUAUUGGAGAAAGAAGAAAGACAUGGUACUGGGGCUCCAGAGAGAGUCUCGGAAACUCUGCUCUAUCCUUGA